ACGAUAUACAUACAUAGAAGGUUUGACAGUUUAAGGUUAAUUUUUCCAUAUUCAGUAAUAAAGGGCCGAAAAAAACGAAUAUGCACGAGAAGAAGAGACGAUUCCGAUGCGGUCAAUGUUCUAAAAUUUAUGUUUCUGAAUCUUGCCUCAGACGUCACAUGAAAAAUGAGUGCCAAACAGAUCUAUCCUUUACAUGUCGCAGGUGUCAAAAAAGUUUCUAUCAAAGGUGUCAUCUAGAGAGACAUAUGAAACUCCACCAAAAGACUGCGAAAGUUCAAGUGAGACAACCCCAUGAAGUUAACGCCGUUCAAGCUCAAAACUACAAUCUGUUUGGGACAGAAGAAAUUGAUAAAUUAUGGAAGCAAAUUCCAUCCCUUUCACUUACUUGUAACACCCAAGAAAAAACCAAGCAGGAAGAGUCCAACAAAGAAGAAUCCACCGAAGAAUAUGAGUGCCAAAAAGAUCCAUCCUUUAUGCACGAGAAGAAGAGACAAUUCCCUUGCGAUAAAUGUUCUAAAAAAACGGUUUAUUUUUCUGAACCUUGCCUCAGACGUCACAAGAAAUAUCAACGCCGAACAGAUCCAUCCCUUACAUGUCGUCAGUGUCAAAAAAGUUUCUAUCUAAGGUGUAAUCUAGUGAGACAUAUGAAACUCCACCAGAAGACUGCGGAAGUUCAAGUGCGACAACCCCAUGAAGUUACCGCCGUUCAAGCUCAAAACCAUAAUCUGUUUUGGACAAGAAAAUGAUGAAUUACGGAAAUGAAUUUCAUCCCUCUCACUUAUUUGUAACUGCCAACAAGAAACCAAGCAAGAAGAUUUCAACAAAGAAGAUUUCAUCCAAGAAGAUCUCACCUAAUAAGAUUUCAACUGCGAAGGUUUCAUCAAAGAAAAGUCCACCUAGAAGAAAUUUGAAUGAAAAAACUCUACCUACGAAGAUUACUACCGGAAAAACUUCACUCAAAACGAUUUCACCUGUAAAAAUUUCUUCUUGGAUUAAAGAAUUAGUUGCUCAGUCUACGACUUGUAUGGUCCCAACUGAAAUGAUUUCACCUGGAAUGAUUUCAGUUUGGAUGAUAAUAACCGGGAUGAAUUCAACAGAGAAAAUUUAAAAUGAACAUGGCUCGUUUUGAAGCGUGUGAUCAGGGUUUUUCAUUUUUUUUAUUUUAUUAUUUUCAAUUAUAUACAUUCUUAGAUUUUUAUUACAACCUAGUGUAUAAAGAUUUUACAUUCUUAUUUAAUGUUAUUUAAUGUUUGAAUAGUUUGCUGGAUUUUAGUUACAUAUUAAUGUUAACAUGAAUUGAAAAUUUUAGAAUUCUGAGAAUCUUGCUAAGUUUUGAUAUAAUUGUUUGAUUUUAUUAGAAUUUUUCAUAAUAAUUGUUGAAUUAAUGUAAAAAUCAGUUCCCUUCAUUUCCCAAAUCAAAUCUUAAAGUGAUUGUAUUUUAAAUAAAAAAUA